GUAACGCUCCUGCUGAUUUGACGCGAAUGAAUACGCCGACUGCACAAGUUUAUCAAGCAAAGGUAAACGAAAGCGCAGCCUAGCUAGACUCGGACCAUAAUGCACUGACUGAGUCAAACAGAAGCUCGCUUGUGUAGUGCAUUAGGAUCACAAAUUGGCUGUGGAUGAUCGCACUGAUUUCACGAUAACCAGGCUAAAUCAGCACCAGGAGCCGAAAGUGUGGAAUGAUUAUUCACUGUGCUGCCCAGUGCCUGAUGUAUAAGGCUAGCACAACCCAGCCCGACUCAAGUUUACGGUAGUUUUGCUUGUGCCAGCUUGGCACAUGCACACACACGAUCGUGGUUAACACACUACACAUUUCAUCAUGGGAGACGUAGGGAAGAGAUGCUCGCUAAGCACCCGUAUCGCGCUUGUUUUUUCAAAAAUGGAGGAUCGGAUAAGCCGGGACAAGAAAUCGAACACUAAGGAGAACAUGUCAGAUCCUAAACGAAGUUCGACGAGACAGCGCUUAUCUAACAGGAGAAAGUUGUGGAUGGGCAUGCGGAGUUGGUGGGCGCUCGCCUGCUGCUUCCAGAUCCACGUGUUGAAAGCCGCAGCGCAAGGUGAUGUAGCACCAUACUUUAAAACCGAGCCAGGGCCCCCAGAAAUCCACCUGGAGGGAAACAGGCUGGUCCUGACCUGUCUUGCAGAGGGCAGCUGGCCUCUCGAGUUCAAAUGGAUCCUGAACAGCACAGAUAUCACUACCUUCUCCCCCGAAUACAAGUACAUCGUACCCUCCCUGAAGCGAGAAGACAUGGGUGUGUACCAGUGUGUGGUGAGAAAUCGAAUGGGCGCCCUGCUACAGAGACGAGCAGAAAUACAAGUGGCAUAUAUGGGGGACUUUGUGGAGGGUGAGCGGAAAAAGACAGUAACCCAAGGUCGGGCAGCUAUCUUGAACUCCCCAGAGGUCAGCUGUUUUCCCCGGCCUCAGGUCACAUGGUUCAGAGACGGCUACAAGAUAAUUCCCAGCAGCAGAGUGGCCAUAACCAUGGAGAACCAGCUGGUCGUUCUGGCCACGGCUGCGGUCGACGCCGGGAGUUACUACGUCCAGGCCGUCAACGAGAAGAAUGGCGAGAACAAGACAAGCCCAUCCAUUUACCUGAAUGUGGCAGAUUCGGAUGCCCCUGCGGACCCGGUUGCCCCAGUGAUAGUAAUUCCUCCCAGGAACACAACGGUGGUGGCAGGGGUGAGCGAGGCCACCCUGGAAUGUGUGGCUAAUGCACGACCUGUGGAGAAGCUAAAUUUGGUCUGGAGAAGGAAUGGAGUGGAACUAGCUAGUGGUGUGGGAUCCUUUGGUCGCCGUCUGACCAUCUUUAAUCCCACAUCGGCUGAUGUGGGCUUGUACGUGUGCGAAGCCUCUCUUCUGGACAGUAGCGUCAACCCAGCUGAAGCCAGAGCUUUCCUUUCCAUUAUAGAGGCUCCCUACUUUACGGCCGAGCCCAGGAGGAAAAUGAUGGGAGAAGUGGAGAAAAGUGUGGAAAUCCCGUGCCAAGCUCGAGGAGUACCCAUGCCGAAGCUGGAGUGGUAUAAGGAUGCAGUGCCACUCAACAAACUCAACAACACUCGCUAUAAGGUUAUCUCCAGCAUGGGGCUACAGAUCAGGAGGCUACAGCCUAACGACGCUGGCAUCUUUCAGUGCUUUGGUAGGAAUGCGGCUGGAGAGAUGCAGGUCCACACGUACCUGGAUGUCACAAGUAUGGCUCCAGCCUUUGUCGCUGCUCCGGCGAAUAUCACUGUGACCAAUAGUGCUGUUGCCUCCUUCACCUGCCGGGUCUCUGGUGCCCCUAAACCAGCCAUCACCUGGAGAAAAGAUGCACAGAUACUGGCCAGCGGCUCCAUGCAGAUACCGCGUUUCACGCUGCUGGAAUCCGGAGGGCUGCAGGUGCGUCCGGUGACGCUGCAGGAUGCAGGAACGUACACCUGCUACGCUGCUAACGGCGAAGGGGCAAUCAACUCCAGCGCUGAGCUCACUGUGUGGAGUCGCACCUAUAUUUCCCAGCCACCCGAGGAUCGACGAGUCAUCAAAGGAACAACGGCCAUUUUGGAGUGCUCCGUCGUGCACGACCCACGCGUACCUGUGAGGUUUGUAUGGAUGAAGGAUGGUGAGACGGUCGGCCAAUCAAGAGGAGGCCGGAUUAGUCAGCAGCAGGGGUCUCUGCACAUCUCUCAGACCUGGUCCGGUGAUAUAGGUGACUACACGUGCCACGUGCUCUCGCCAGCCGGCAAUGACUCAAAGAGUGCUCGUCUGGAAGUCAUCGAGUUGCCUCACUCUCCACGGAACCUGCAGGCCAGCCUGAAUUCUACAGACAGCCGCAGCGUGCACCUCUCCUGGAUGAGACCCUUCGACGGCAACAGCCCCCUGCUGCACUAUGUGGUGGAACUCUCCGAGAACAAUUCUCCAUGGAGGGGGUACCUACCGAAUGUAGACCCAAAGCUGACAGAGGCCUUGGUGACUGGUCUCACACCAGCUCGCACCUACCAGUUUAGAGUGUGUGCUGUCAAUCAAGUGGGAAGAGGACAGUACAGCUCGGAGACUAACCGGUUGAUGCUGCGUGAGGAGCCACCCAGCGCGCCACCCAAAAACAUAGUAGCUAGUGGGCGCACAAAUCAGUCAAUAAUGGUGCAGUGGCAGCCCCCUCCAGAGCCCCAGCUCAACGGAGUGCUCAGAGGUUACGUCCUCAGGUAUCGGCUGGCAGGGCUCCCUGGCGAGUAUCAACAGCGGAAUAUCACCAGCCCUGACAUCAACUACUGCCUCAUCACAGAGCUCAUCAUCUGGACGCAGUACGAGAUCCAGGUGGCUGCGUACACGGGAGCGGGUCUUGGCGUCUUCAGCCAGCCCGUCUCUGAAUACACGCUCCAGGGAGUUCCCACAGCACCCCCUCAGGAUGUAGAGGCUGUAGCUGUCAACUCAACCACAAUCAAAUUCACAUGGAAUCCUCCUCCACAGCAGUUCAUCAAUGGCAUUAAUCAAGGUUAUAAGUUAAUGGCUUGGCCUGAGCACUCUCCAGAUGCCAUCACCGUCGUGACUAUAACCCCGGAUUACCAUGGCACCCGUCACCUGGGCUACAUCAGCGGCCUUAAAAAGUUCACCUGGUACCUAACUUCAGUGCUGUGUUUUACCACUCCAGGAAACGGCCCACGCAGCACGUCAAAACUGGUCCAGACGCACGAGGACAUUCCAGGCCCUGUUGGGCAUCUGAGCUUCACAGAAAUCCUUGACACGUCUCUUAGAGUUAGCUGGGAAGAGCCUGUGGAGAAAAAUGGGAUCAUCACAGGUUACUUUGUGUCCUGGGAGGCACAGGGCCAGAAGGAGUCACGUGUAGAACGCACAAUGCCCAACAGCACACUGGAGUACAAGGUAACUGGCCUCACCUCUCUCACUACAUACACCCUGGAGGUGGCAGCUAUGACUGGGGCAGGUGUAGGAAUGCUUUCCUCUUCUACCAUUUCAUCAGGAGUUCCCCCAGAACUUCCUGGACCUCCGUCAAGCCUUCAGAUCUCAAAAAUAAGCCCUCGAUCAGCAACUCUGAAAUUCCAUGCCGGGGAUGAUGGAAAAACAUCCAUUUCUAAGUGGAUUGUGGAAGGGCAGGUGGGUAACACAGGAGAAGACGAGGAAUGGAAGGUGCUGUAUGAGAAAGAGAAUGAUCCAGAUGCUCAGGUCCUGGAAGUGCCCAACCUUAAUCCGUUCACACACUACAGGUUUCGCAUGCGCCAGGUGAACAUCGUUGGCUCAAGCGAGGUGAGCGAGCCAUCACGUGUGAUCCAGACUUUACAGGCUCCACCUGAUGUGGCUCCCAGUAGUCUAAGCGUCCGUACGGCUAGUGAGACCAGCGUCUGGCUGCAAUGGGUGCCACUGCCAGAGACGGAGUAUAAUGGGAACCCGGAGAGCGUGGGCUACAGGGUGCGGUUGUGGCGAGCCGAUAAGCCUGGUGAUGCCAGCAUCAGGUUGGUGAACGACAGACUGGAAAGAGAGAUUACUCUGGAAGGCCUUGAGGAAUGGACGGAGUACCUAUUCCUGAUCCAGGCUUUCAACUCGAUUGGCCCCGGGCCUUGGAGUGACCCAGUGAAGGGGCGCACACGCGAGUCGGUUCCAUCUGCACCUCCAGAGAAUGUGACAGCAGAGGCCAUGAGCUCCACACGCAUCCUGGUAACAUGGGGGCCAGUUCCAGAGCCUCAGCAGAAUGGAAAUAUUCUCGGAUAUAAGGUGAUGUACAGGGAGAAGGGCUCGGAUGCUGAGUCGGAGGUGCAGGUGGUGAAAGGCAACCUAACUCAGUCGGUGCUGCUAAGAAAUCUACGCAAGUACGUGCAGUAUGAGAUCCAGGUGCUGGCUUUUACCCGCAUCGGAGACGGCCAGCUCAGCAGCCCUGCAGUCCUGGAGAGGACUAAAGAUGACGUUCCAGGACCGCCUAUUAGACUGGUGUUCCCAGAGGUGCGUCUAACAGAGGUCAGAGUGGUCUGGCAGCCCCCGCUGGACCCCAAUGGCAUUAUCAUGGGCUAUCAGAUCGCUUACCGGCUGGAUUCUGGAGAUCCGAAGCAGUUUACAACGGUGGAGGUGGGCCCUGACAUCUUGCAGUUCACAGCCUCUGGCCUUCACCCCGAGUCAGCUUACAUCUUCCGUAUCUCUGCCAGGACCCAGCAAGGCUGGGGCACCGCCGCACAAGCUGUGGUCAUCACAACAGAGAUCAGAGAACGGCCUCAGCCCCCUCUCGGGCUCAGUGUGCCUCAGGACCAGGUGCAGUCACGCCAGCUGAGGCUAGACUGGGUCCCAGGGGGAGACGGAUCAUCACCAGUGCGAUACUUCACUUUGCAGCUACGCCAACUUCCCGAUGGACAAUGGAUUACCCACUCCUCCUCUAUUAGCCACAACAGCACCUCCUGUGUGGUGGACCGCCUGAAGCCCUACACUUCAUACAAGCUGCGAAUGAUGGCGACUAAUGACAUCGGAGACAGCAAGUACAGCAGAGAGACCGAUGCAAUUACGACUUUACAAGAUGUACCGGAUGAACCUCCUGUUAUCGAGUCAGUGAAGCCCUCUACGACUACCUCUGUUCUGGUGCAGUGGCAGCCACCUAAGGAGGAGAGCGUGAAUGGGGUGCUGGUGGGCUACCGGCUUUAUUACCGUGAGCUUCAGUAUGACAGCAUACCGCAAGAGGCCAAGAGGAACAACAGCAGCACAUCAACACGUGCAGAUAUAACAGCCAAAAGUACUGUGAAGACAGUGAGCAAUUCAGCACUGACGGAAUUCGAACUCACGCAGCUGCAAAAAUAUCAGCGCUAUGAAAUUGUGAUGACAGCCUACAACAUCAUUGGUGAGAGUCCUGCCAGCACUCCAGUGGAGGUGUUUGUAGGAGAAGCAGCUCCCUCUGUGGCACCACAGAAUAUCCAGGUCAACACUGUGUCAUCCACCCAGCUGGAGGUGCAGUGGGAGCCGCCCCCUGUUGAGACCCAGAACGGCAUCAUCCAGGGCUAUAAGAUUCACUACUGGGAGACGGACAGCCAGAACGAAACAGAAAAGGUGAAGAUACUGUUUCUGCCUGAGACGAAUGUGCGACUGAAGAACCUGACUAGCUACACAUACUACAUGAUCAAACUAUCUGCGUUUAACGCAGCCGGGGACGGCCCACUCAGUGAGCCCAGGAGGGGGCGCACACUUCAGGCAGCCCCCAGUGCACCUAGUUUUAUAAGGUUCUCCGAAAUAACCAGCAAUACUCUAAACGUGUCAUGGGGAUUUCCAUUGUCUCCAAAUGGAGUGGUGGAGGGCUACCGGGUGGUCUACGAGCCCACUGCUCCUAUUCAAGGUAUAAGCAAGGUGGUGACAGUGGACAUUCGGGGAAGCUGGCAGCGCUGGUUGAAGGUACGUGACCUGACGAAGGGAAUGACCUACAGCUUCCGCGUGCAGGCCAAAACCAUCAGCUACGGCCCAGAGGCUGAGGCCAACAUCACAGCAGGUCCUGUGCAAGGUUCUCCAGGGUCUCCCCUUAAAACGUCAGUCACGAAGUCCGGAUCAAGUCUUACUAUUGACUGGACACCUGGGGAAGUGGGAGCUAGCCGUGUGACUGGCUAUGUCAUUGAGGCCCGACCUUCAGAUGAGGGAUUGUGGGAUACCUUUGUAAGGCACCUGCCCCCCUCAAGCACCUCUCACACAGUGAGUCUGGAGCGGCUGCGCCAUGGAGUCAGCUACCAGUUCCGAGUCCUGGCUGUCAAUGAGUAUGGCUACGGUGAGCCAAGUGCGCCCUCUGCUGCCAUGUCGGCUCAGGUGGACACUCCAUUCUAUGAAGAGUGGUGGUUUUUGAUCAUCCUGGCACUGAUUGGUCUGAUCCUGCUGCUGCUGGUGGUUUUCGUGCUCAUCUUGCACGGACAGAACAAGAAGUACAAGAGCUGUGGAACAGGUAUAGCUGUGUCCACGGUGGAGGAGGCGGUCACUCUGGAUAAUGGUGGCUUCACAGCUCUGGAGCUGAACAGCAGGCCCAUUCAUGUUAAAAGCUCCUUCCUGAGAAAGAACGGCACCAAGUCCCCGCCUCGACCCAAUCCUGCAGGCCUGCACUACUCAGAUGAAGAUAUCUGCAAUACCUACAAUGGUGCAGUCUCUACAGAGUCCACAGCUCUUACUGAGAGGCCUGCUGAGCUCUCAGAGUCUGAGGCCACAGACAGCGAGUGCGAGGAGGAACAGAUCAAGCACUCGUUCGUGAACCACUACAUGAGCGACCCGUCUUACUUCAACUCGUGGAAACGGCAGCAGAAGGGCCUAAAGCAGACGCUGGCCUGCGCGUACGAGGAGUGCGCCAGUGCGGAUGGGGAUGGUUACUUUCAGACUGUGAUAACUCAGCACAGUGUUGGAGGAGUGUACACACCCACUGGACAGCCCGCACCGGGCUCGCGUACUCCUCUCACAGGCUUCUCGUCUUUUGUGUGAUGCUCUGUCUGAGGAGCAGGACCCCUCGGUUACUCCCUCGUUCUGGUAACGGAAGGAUUUGGGAAAAGGCACAACAUGCGGAAGGACGUUUUAGCUGUACUUUGACUAUGAGCACUACAGAUAAAAACAUUCAGGACUUGAAUGUCCUGUCAUGGAUGUUAACAGGACGGAGAGAUUUUUUUAAAUACAGAUUGUAACUGAAGUGUUGGAAAAUGACAGAUGGUUACUGUAAACGUUUCUUAUUUUGACUGUGAAAAGUUACUGCUUUAUCACUUGGAGCUAUGGCAGGGCAUAGCAGGGAACUCCUGUUCUUAAUCUACAGACAUAAUCGACACUACAUUCCCACUCUGACUCUACACAGUGGUACACACAGUGUAAACAAGCAUUCCUGUUCCCUUUAUAGGGGAUCUUGCCUGGAACAAGCAUUCUGUAAUUACUAUAGACCAAACUGUAUAUACUGUUGUGUCUGAAUAAUCAGUCAUCUUCAGUGUCUCUAUAUAUGUGUGUUCCACUUGUGAUCAUGAAACUGUGACAGGUGUAAAGAAGACUCCACAAUGUUCGUUACCAGUAAUCUAGCAGCACCUGUUCACACUUUACACCAGGGUGUAAGAUCCACCGUCGGUCGUGCAGUGAUUCUUUGUGUUGCAUGUCAUCCUUACAGUUACUUUUUUUAUUAGGCUUAAAAACCACCUCAUUACCACCUGAAGAAUGUGGUUUCACAGUUACACUUUAAGCAUAGACUUCUUACAAAGCAUAGUGUGAAAUCGGAAGUGUUCUGAAAGGCUGGGUUUGGUCUAGUGCCCUUUCUGUGUCUCAAAUUACAUCAUUUAUGUUCUAUUCUAAAUGACUUAUUAUUAAUUACAUAGAAACGCCUAGAGCAGGGGUGCUGAGCUUCAGCUGGUGGGCCUGUGACACAACAGUGACCCACACUUAUGUACUUCAUGCCAAUUAUUAAUGUACAUUAAUGUGUACACAUUUUAUGGAUUUAUUUUUUCUUUACUUUUUAAAAUUGUAAAAAAAAAAAUAAAAAAAAGAGGCAACAGUACUUGUUACAGCAACAGCUGUGUUGUUAAAAAUAUAAUAGCACUUGGCGCCCAGGUGGCGCAGCGGGAUAUUCCGCUAGCACACCAGCACCGAGUUUCUGAACCCCUCAGUUCGAAACUGUGUUGCCAUCUGGCGGGCAUAAUUGGCAGUGCCUGCAGCAGAUACCAAUUGGCCACUGUAUCUGCAGGGUGGGGGCCCAGACUGUUUGUGUGUGGGUGGGUGGGUCUUCAUACGCUGUGUAAGGACCCUGAUUGGCGGAAGAGACGCCUGUGCAGAGUGCAUGGGCGAGAAGAGGAGGGCUGUACACGUGUCGGAAGAGGUGUGUACAGCGACGUGCUCUUCUUGGAUGCAAUCUGGUAUCUCUCAGCAGCAGAAGACAAAAAUUGAGUGCGCCAAAUCAGGAAAAAUAUAUAUAAUAUAUAUAAUAGCACCUGCCAAGCUGGCUUCAUAGAGCACUAUACAUAAUCCAGCACUAAUAUUCACAACACAAAUUUUUAUGUAAUUUUUAGGUACUAAACGUUUAGUGCCUAAAUUUAAAUCACAGUUGUAUGUUAUUGUUGCUUUUUUAUGUUAUUUAUGAAUAAGUUUUACAUGGACUUGUCAGGUGUGUCAGGAUUGUUGGUCAUUUAGCAGCAGUUUUGCUUUGCUUUGUUUUAUGUUUAACAAACUUUUAAUGUACAAAUGUUUGUACUAUUUAAAAAUCUGUUCUGCUUUAGUACAUGAUUAACUUUUAUUACAGUACAGUAUGUGAUUUGAGACACAGCUACAGUUUUGACAUGGCUAAUUCAGGUCACAAAAUGCUGGAAGAUAAAACAUACAUAAAAAUAUAACUAGUAUUAAAACAGGUUUGUUUGCAGGAUUAAGAAACCCAGCUUUUAAAUUGUGUGUGAUUGGUUAAUCACAGUUGCCUUUUGCACAUUGAAAAGUUAUGAUUUUUAGAUUGUGAACAUCAGGUCUUAACAUUUUGGAUUUUUUUUAUCUGUGUAUAUCUGAGCACAAAAUAAAAACAUUUCAAUCUUCGGUCAAACGUCAGUGAUGCUCUGCAAAGCAACUGGAAUACUGACACAUUUGAAAAAUCCUGCAAUGUGAUGACUGAAAUGAAGUGUCAAUUUGUAUCUUCAGCACUCUUAAGCCAUAAGGUAAUAGCUUUCUUUUUCUUCUUUUCUCUGUGUAGUGUUCUGUUUUGAUUCACAUUUGGUUCUUUGUCUGACUGAAUAUUUUCUUAUUUUUUAUUUUAUAUUCUUGUGAUGUGUAAAUGUAAUUUUUGAAAUGUUUUUGUAUUCAUGUGUUAUUCUUUUGAAUGUUCUUUUUUACUAUUGUGCUGUUGCAGUUCUUGAAGUGGACAAAACAAAGUAAUGUUGAAGGUUUUUGAUUUCCAUAUCUCACAGCACGAGUAUGUCAUUGACAUUCAUGAAGUAAACACAAUUUAUCACUGUUUUAGUAAAAGUAAAUCUUUUAUAAUGUAAAUGAAAUACAA